AUGAAUAUCGAACAGCUUGCUUUGGCUACAGUGUUGGCACAUGUUUCCCGAUUUGACCGAAGUGUCCAACGACUGGCUUUCACUACAGAAGUGACUACGCGCAACCAGCUUCAGCAAAAGCUCAAGGCUGUUUCGUUUCUAAAACGGAAAGUAGCUAAUAGCGAGGACUACCUCGAUAGCAAGAAAAUUCGCAGCUUCAGUGCCUCUGUUUCCAUAAAGUGCAACUACUGUGAGAAAUUAGGGCACAAGUCCACGUUCUGCUUACAAAGAAGAUGUGGUUGGAGGAGACCAGAAGAGCGUUCCCCUUCCCAACCAAGUGACAAUUUCAAGAGGAUACCGCCUCCAUCUACAGCGAAGACUGCGGUCACUGGCUUCCACUGCCAGGGCCAGGGACACUUCGCAUCCAGCUGUCCAAAGCGUCGCAGAGAGGACCAGGAUGCUGCCAGUGGAGGAGCGAGUUGA